GCCCCUUCUCUCUCUCUCUCCCUCCUGUCUCUCGCGCACCAUCGCUCCCAUCUCGCAAAGCCUCAGCCGAUCAAAUUAGGGUUUCUGGGGGAGAUCAUCGCUUGAUCGCCAUCGAGUGAAGAAUGGGAGGCGGCAACGGCCAGAAAGCCAAAAUGGCCCGGGAGAAGAACCUCGAGAAGACGAAAGCAGCCAAAGGGAGCCAACUGGAGUCUAACAAGAAAGCUAUGAAUAUCCAGUGUAAGGUCUGUAUGCAAACAUUUAUGUGCACCACAUCGGAGGUGAAGUGCAGGGAACAUGCUGAAGCAAAGCAUCCAAAGACUGAUGUUUAUGCUUGUUUUGCGCAUCUUCAGAAAUGACAAGUCACAUGUAAGUCUAAGCAGUUGGGGGAACGUUUCCCCUGUUUAUGUAAAGUCUCUACUAUUGUGUUUAGGGAUCCUUCUGGGACCGAAGUUGCUUGUUGGAAGUUGUGGAUGUUCGCGUCAGUCAAAGUGAGGUGUUAUCAUUUUGUCGACUCUUGUAUCGGCAUCUCACAUGAGUAAUUGGUUCUUCGAGCUAUUCUGGGUUGGUUCUUUCUACUUUCUUUGUACUCAUGUUGGCUAUUUGGUGUUGCGGGUCAUCAUUUCACUUGUGUUGAUGAACAUGUUCCUGUCGUACAGUUCUUUGCAAUUUCUUAUGCUUCUUCUGGA